AUGGGGAGUCAAUCCUCGUUUCUCCAUUUCAUGCAUCGAUUGGUUUUUUGGGUUUUAUUCGCGAUGGUUUCAUGUUUUGUUCUGAGAGUUUUAAUUGUACUGGAUCUGAAUAAACGGAUCUACAACCAUACACCUGGACCAUGUCGAGUGUUAACCGAAAAGUACAAAGGUACCGCUGGACUGACGUAUGUGGACUCCCAGAAACGAGUUUAUAUCACUUUUGGAUACGGAAAAUCUCAUAAUUUAACGACAAACACGGGAAUAUCAUUCUAUAAUUCAAAUCGAAGUGAUGGAAGAAGUCAACAAGAAAUGUAUGAUCUGGUUGAAAUGUCAAUUAAUUGGAAUGGUUAUGAAUAUCAGAAUCUGUUUAUUCCAACUGGAAUUGAUUCAUAUUCCUCAUCAAAUGGUCGUGUUCUUCUUUAUGUGAUAAAUGCUCAUCCAGAUCAUCAAUGUAUUCAUUUCUUCCAAGUUGACAACACUAAAUUGAACUACAGAAAAUCAAUUUGUGACUCAUCUUUCACUAGUCUUCAAGAUCUUUCGGUUGUUGGACCCGAUAGAAUCUUCUUUACGAAUAUGGCAGCAUUUGGAAGAGGAUGGGCUCAAGUUGUUGAAUUUGCAUUACAGACUGGUCAAGGAGUUGUGUACUAUUAUGAUGGAUCUAAACUGGCAAUCGGUGCUCCGAGUGUGAAUGCGCCAACUGGAAUUGGAUAUGAUUCAAAGAGAAGGAUUCUUUAUGUUGGAUCUUUGAUCAGAGAGUCCCUGUUCGCAUAUAAAGUGGCCAAAGAUAUGACACUUGAGCUGAUGUAUGAAAUGAUGUUAUUGACAUCUCCGAUUGGAAUAUUCGUUGAAUCGAAAACAGGAGAUGUUUGGGUUGCUGCCCAUCCAGUUCUUCAUGAAUCUGCAUGGCAUUACACACAUCCAGAGAAAAAGAAUGUUCAUUCUUCAAGCCAGAUUUUGAGAAUCAGAAUACAGGAAGAAGGAAGCUCGUGGGUCACAACUGAGCCGUAUGCGAAUGAUGGAGCAACGAUUUCAGCAAGUUCUGCUAUAGUAUACACAGACGAUCAAAUGAUUAUCGGAAGCUCUUUCGGAAGACUUUUGCAUUGCGAUCUGACUCAUUCUCAUAUUACAUAA